CUGAUUCGCAAAUAAACUACUUGCUGGCUGCUACAAACCGUUGACACUUGAGGGAAAACAAAAUAAUGCACUCCGCUACUAUAAGAAGAUAGGGCAUUUGGGCUGCUGCUGCUUGUGUGUUCGACUUCGUGCUGGCUGCUCAAGAAACCGAGAGAGCAAAGGCUAAGUAUUGUGGAUCAAGCAUGCUGAUGGGCCGUAAGAUUAUGGGCCUCCUGUUGGGCUGUGUGGGCCUUGUUGCUGUGAUGCAUGUGGCGGCGGCCCAACAAGCAUUCGGCGUGAGAGCCACCUACCACUUUUACAGGCCAGCAGCCAACGGCUGGGAUCUGACGGCCACGGGUGCCUUCUGCUCCACGUGGGAUGCUGGGAAGCCGUUCGAUUGGCGCAGCAAGUAUGAGUGGACGGCCUUCUGUGGGCCCGUUGGGCCCACCGGCAGGGACUCCUGCGGCAAGUGUCUUCGGGUGACGAAUAGGGUGACGGGAGCCCAGACCACGGCGAGGAUUGUGGACAAGUGCGCCAACGGAGGACUAGAUCUGGACUGGGACACUGUCUUCUCCAAGAUCGACACUGACGGCCAGGGCUUCCAGCGCGGGCACCUCACCGUCGACUAUAGCUUCGUUAACUGCGGCGACAACAAUUAUCUCGCUGAGGUUGUCAUUUAAUUUGAUACAUGCUACCACCACUAAUAAAUUGUUCCGUAAAAGUUCUCUCGUUAAUAAAUUACACCGUAAAUAAGUUCGCCAAAUGAGAUGGUUGCAUGUAUGCAUAGUGAAGAACAAAAAAAAAAACUCCAUGAAAUUACCUGUCUGGCUGUCCUGUCCUGCCCUUGUUGUUGUUGGUUCUGAAUAACAGAAUAAGCGUGUUCCUUUUGUUUAAUCAGUUGCAUCUUCUGAGCUCAA